AUGACGUUGGCCUACAACGGCGGAUCCUGGAAUGGAUACUACAACGGCGGAUCCUGGAAUGGAUACUACAACGGCGGAUCCUGGAAUGGAUACUACAACGGCGGAUCCUGGAAUGGAUACUACAACGGCGGAUCCUGGAAUGGAUACUACAACGGCGGAUCCUGGAAUGGAUACUACAACGGUGGAUCCUGGAAUGGAUACUACAACGGCGGAUCCUGGAAUGGAUACUACGACUCCUACACGACUACAACAAGUAUAUUUACUAGCUCAUCUACGGACACAACUCUAACAGAGGAGCCAAACACUUCAACAACAGCUGCCACGACCACUACGCCUGCAACAUCUACAGACACGAUUACAACAAGUGUAUCUACUAGUUCAUCUACAGACACAACUACAACAAGUGUAUCUACUAGCUCAUCUACAGACACAACUCUAACAGAGGAGCCAAACACUUCAACUACUAGCUCAUCUACAGACACGACUACAACAAGUGUAUCUACUAGCUCAUCUACAGACACAACUACAACAAGUAUAUUUACUAGCUCAUCUACAGACACAACUCUAACAGAGGAGCCAAACACAUCAACAACAGCUGCCACGACCACUACGCCUGCAACAUCUACGGACACGACUACAACAAGUGUAUCUAGUAGCUCAUUUACAGACACGACUACAACAAGUGUAUCUACUAGUUCAUCUACAGACACAACUACAACAAGUGUAUCUACUAGCUCAUCUACAGACACAACUCUAACAGAGGAGCCAAACACUUCAACUACUAGCUCAUCUACAGACACAACUACAACAAGUGUAUCUACUAGCUCAUCUACAGACACAACUACAACAAGUGUAUCUACUAGCUCAUCUACGGACACGACUACAACGGUUGCACCGACUAGUUCAACUACUGUUACGAUCACUACAACAAUACUUACUAGUACAACAACCACUGCAAUACCAACAACAACCACGACAACGAGUACAACAGUCAUCACCCCAAAUACUACACUUAAUAGUACAACAGCGGCCACUACUAUAUCGACUACACUGAGUACUAGCACAACAGUCAUGACUACAACAGCAACUCCUAGGCGAACAACAGCCACCACUACAGAUGAACCGAAAAAAACAACAACUACGACAACUUCACAAGGAACUACAACAACGACCACGACAAAAAAACCAGGUGGUACCGGUGCUACUCCUAAAGAUUAG